AAAAAAAAGACUGUCGGUGUGCAAAGCUGUGAAUGGAGAGGCGUGAGACUUGAAAUCGAAUAAAUGUUUCGAUUAUAUUAAUUUAAUUAUUAGUGCAAUAUACUUAUUUAUCAAUUAAUUGAGAGGUUUAACAAGAGAUUUGUUGUUUUCAAUAAAUAAAAUGAGUGCCCCUAAUGGAGAAAAGAAACAAAUUCGUGUAUGGUGCGAUGGGUGUUAUGACAUGGUGCAUUUUGGUCAUGCAAACUCCUUGCGGCAAGCGAAGGCACUGGGCGAUGUGUUAAUAGUCGGAGUGCACACAGAUGAAGAAAUAGCAAAACACAAAGGACCCCCUGUUUUUACACAGGAGGAGCGGUAUAAGAUGGUGAAGGCUAUAAAAUGGGUUGACCAGGUUGUUGAGGGAGCACCCUACGUCACAACCCUUGAGACACUGGAUAAAUAUCAGUGUGACUUCUGUGUACACGGAGAUGACAUCACAGUAACUGCAGAUGGAAUUGAUACAUAUCAUUUGGUCAAAAAUGCAGGCAGAUAUAGAGAGGUGCAAAGAACUGCCGGAGUAUCAACGACCGAUCUCGUGGGGCGGAUGUUGCUUCUCACCAGAGAACAUUUCAAGAGAGGUGACAAAGAGUACUCCGUGGCAUUGGAGCACUCGUCAAAUCUCGGCACAGAUCGUACGGCGCGGUCACCUUACACAGGGUGCUCGCAGUUCCUGCCUACUACACAGAAGAUCAUACAAUUCAGUAGUGGUCUCUCACCGAAGCCUACAGAUAAGGUGGUGUACGUAGCGGGCGCCUUCGAUUUGUUUCACGUGGGGCACCUGGAUUUCCUCGCAGCGGCUCACGAGCAGGGAGAUUUCAUAAUCGUGGGGCUGCACACCGACCUCGAGGUUAACCGCUAUAAGGGCUCCAACUACCCCAUCAUGAACCUGCACGAGCGGGUUUUAUCCGUGCUUGCUUGCAAGUACGUCCACGAAGUGGUGAUCGGUGCGCCGUACUCCGUGACGGCGGAGCUGAUGGAGCACUUCAAGGUGCAGGUGGUGUGCCACGGGGACACCGCCAUCGCGCGCGGCGCGGACGGCGCCGACCCCUACGCCGAGCCCAAGCGGCGCGGCUGCUUCAAGAUUAUCAAAUCCGGCAACUCCAUGACAACAGAAGACAUCGUGCAACGAAUAAUAAGCCACCGCCUCGAGUUCGAGAUGAGAAAUACGCGCAAAGAGCACAAGGAGAUCGCUGUCAUGAAGGCCAUACAGAGCGACCAUCUCAAGCAGAACGGCACGUGUUUACAACAGGAGAGUUAAAGUCAUCAAUACUGAGCAUGAACCUCUGAACUGUAUUAGACAACAAAUUUGAUCUUUAACUUGAAGCCAGAGAAGGGCCCCGUUAAAAAAGACCAAUGAUUCGGUAAAGAUUGCAAGAAACCGUAUGUCUAGUAUAACACCAUAUGGGUUAUUAGGUUAUUACAUCUACCUUUUUGCAAAACACUUUCUGCUAAGAGGGACAUUCAAAUAUACUUUUGGAGCCUAUUAAAUCGAACUUUUCGUCGGAGGUCUACCUCUCUGUCACUGUUGAAGAAAGUGUGGAAAGAGGUAGAUGUAAUAAGUAAUAACUAGCUCACAGUGGACACCUUAAACAAUUAAGUUAAAAUUCACUAGGCAUGCGAUUCUGCAGCGCACCAUGGUUGUAGACGGUACGCAACAUGCAAAAGGUCUUCUGGAAUAUACCGAAUUAGCUCCCCAGUGACCUGUUUAUCCGUUUUAGCUAAUUAGUAUAAUAUGUGAAAUGGUAGUUUUACUUGAUGGUCUAGUAAAAAAAAAGUAUAGAUCACAAUAUUGACGAAUAAUAUUGGCUUUAAAUUUUGAUUGCCUUAUUCUUACUUGGUAGAGGUUCUCUACUUUUACUAGAGAAACAUUCGAAAUCGCUCGUACGUUAUUGUAAUUAUCAUGAAUUGAAUCACGGGAGUACCAUCCGCUACUAUAGUAGGCUGGCAAAUCAGGUUUUAGGUUACUUUCCGUUCAUGUCAUCUUGGAUAUGGGUAAACAUGGUAUCAAUACAUUCCAUUUGAUGUCAUGUAGUGGCAGUCAUUUGUCACCAUGCCUGUCUCGUUCUAAAAAGUAUGUGAGCGCGAAAGUGACAGGCAUAGUGACAAGUGAUAAAAAUGGAACCAUGCCAUGCUUCCACCGCUGCUGAACACAAAUAUAUGAGAUGACAAGCGCGAAAAUGGUGGGGGUAGUUACUGUGACGUCAAAGUCGACAGUACACAGUUUUUUACUUCUUACUAGCUUUUAUUGAACUUGCCCUGUUAGUAUGUAUGGGACAAAUCUUGCAAGUUAAAUUUGACCUACUUCCCGGUUUCCGAUGAAGCUGAAAAUUUUCAUACAUAUGUAAGUCAGGUGACAAUGCAAUAUUAUGGUACCAUCAAGCUGAUUUGAUGAUGGUGACAGGAGGUAUAGCCAUAGGACCUCUGUGAUAAAACAAUGCAACCUAAUUGUGUUUGGGGUUUUUAGAAUUAUCUCGAUGAGUAUUAGUUGCCUGUGGAAAAAAAGUACAGUCAGCGAUAAAAGCUUGUACCAAAAAUGAAAUUUUUGCCAAAUACUUAUUUCUUUAUACUACUCACAAAGCCCUUUCAUUUGGAGCCCCACAUGGUAUAUUUAAAAGAAAACACUUUCGUGCUUGUUAACUCGUAUAUUUGUGUUCAGGUCAUCAUUCAUUGAUACCAUAUUAACCCAUAUUAGAGAUGACAUGAGCGAAAAUCGAUUUCUAGAAGACUUCUAGACAAAAUACGAUUACGUGUAACUUAAAUUUGAUUGUCUGUUAUAGUUCAGUUGUUAAUGACACAUCUAGUUACCAAAAAUAUUAAUGAAUUAUAUGUAGACAAAUAAAAAAAUUGUUUAUUUCAAUACAAAUCCGAUAAAACUAAACGCAAUUGUAAAACCAAAGUUGUCGGAUCUGUUUUAAAACGCUUUUGAAAAGUUUAUUUGCUAUAUAGGUAAAUCAUGUAGAUAAAUUUAACUGUUUAUUUAUUUCGUUUGAAUGCUUAAAGGAAUUUAUUGCUUGUUCAGCAAUAUCUAGAACCUAGUUUUAUGUGAAGCAACUAGGUCUGACAGAGUAAACCGAGAGGGAAAGAUCCAAACCUUGGACCUUAUACCUUAGAAUACACGGUAAUAAAACAAACUUGUUUUCUAAAUGAACGUACAUCAUGGUUUAAAAUUUACUAAGGUCCCUGUUGGUAUAGGAAUUCUUAAAUAUCAUAUCUUGUUCUCUUAGUAAAGUUGAACGCGCUCAAACGCAAGACUUCUUUCGUCUGGUUGAGUGAUAUGUCAUAUACUAAUAUGAAUGUAUAUAUUGCUGCAAUUUAAUGUCAAAUUACAAUAUUAAAUUGCAUUUAACUUCAAAUAGCAUUGAAAAAUACUAAAUGAGAUUCUUUAGUUAGUGCAACUAAUCUCUGUCAAGCCCUCGAGCCCCGUGAACGCGAUAUCGCACACGCGACCAUACAAUAUGUAUGAGUAGUCAAAAACCCGUGGCAUUCGGAAGAUUCUGACAUUCUCUUCUAAGGCUGGGGACCCGACCGGUUAAAUUAUAAAUAUUCAAUAUUUAUUGAAACAUGAUAUUACUCAAUCUAAUUCCAGUGUUUGCCCGCCUAAGUAUUUAUUUAUAAUAAGAUUUGUAAUUAUUGCCAAGUUUUUGCCUAAUUUAUGUGUAAUUUCGAUUCACUAUUUUCAGUAGCAAAAACUUAUUUUACUGUUGUUAUGUGGUUGUAUAGCAUCAAUCAACAUUUUUUGUUGAAUGUGUUUUAGGUAAGGAAGGGCUCUUAAUUAUGUCUUUCUUGUUUAUAUUGUAUCUUGUACUUUAUAUUAAAUAUUAGGUCUUUUACUAUGUUUAAGGUGCAGUAGGUUCAGAAAACGGAUUUUAAAGUCGUGGCGAUUUUUCGGAUCACAAUACGGCUGCCAUAAAUUUAACUAGCAACAUUGAGGCCUUUCUCGAGAGACUAUCGAUUCAAAUCCUGAGUUUUUGACUUUCGCACGAUAGAAAAAAACACUAACAUCAUCGAAGGUCUAAAAUGCACUUAAAUUUUUUGUAACAAAUUAUGUACAAAAGCUAAAAAUAUGAAAAUUGCUUUUAGAAAUCGGCAAUAUUGUGUUUGAGGGAACGUAUCAAUUACUUUGUAUGUUUAUUUCGACGUACACACAAUAAACAAUGGUAUCCGCGCUCCCGGGUAUGCACUUCCAUCUCGCUCACGGUUACGCUCAGUGAGAGAUGAACAUGAACUUAGUGCACCUUAACAUAUAAUUAUCUGCAUUUUCCAGUCGAAUUAUUUAAGGUGUUUGUUUGUUAUAUACUAAUAGUUUUUUGACGCUAGACGCCUUCAAUGUAUUUUACCUUUUAUCUAAUUUAUAUAAUAAAUAAUGUUAUGAACUGAAAGUAAUGUGCAUAUUAUAAUAAAACACUAUAUAUUAAUAUAGUU